UUCACAAGCUGUUGGUGCCUGGAGGAGAGGCUGUCUUCAGCAUAAUAGCUAACAUGGUGUUUUACACAGCGUUUGAAGAAAUGGCGAAAGACUCGCGUUGGGCGCGGUACAUGCAGGACGUGGAGGAGUUCGUAUCUCCGUACCAGCACAGUGAGGACCCAGUGAGCGACUUCCGCCAGCUGCUGCAGAGCGAGGGCUACCAGGUGCUGCACUGUGACGUAGCGCCGCAGGUGCUCUUCUUCCCGAGUGAGAUGCAGCGCAGAGAUUUUCUGAAGUCAGUAUGUCCAUUCCUGGACCGAGUUCCGGUAGACCAGAAGGAUAAUUUCUUAGAUGAUUGGCUACAGCGUAUGGAGAAAUUGAAUGGAUUAUCAAAGGUCGUUGGAAGCAGUGAAGAGCCGAAAUACUACAUCCACUUUAACAUGAUGGUGGCUAUGGCCAUAAAACUGCAUCAGCAUCUUGUUCCUGGCUGUGAGGAGGAUAGACUUCUAACCAGCUUGGCUGAGCAAGAAGUGUACACCAGCAUGGAUAAGCCAGACUUGUACAACCUCGGGUGUGCUCCCCUCACGCUGCUGGCCGCCAAGCAGGUUGACGAGCUGUGGCCGGUCCUCACGUGGCCGAGGCAGCCGCUGCCGGUGCUCGACAUUGGCUGCGGGCCCGGUGACGUCGCCAGGAAGGUUUUAGCCCCGCGGCUGCCACCGGGUACGAAGCUGGUGGCCUGCGACAUCAGCACAAAGAUGCUGGAGUUCUGCAGGCAGCACAACGCGCUGCCAGGCACCAUCACGUACGAGCAGCUGGACGUGGUUCAGCCCGACCUGGAGAACUCCGCCGUGUGGCAGUACGCGCCCUUCGGCAAGGUGUUCUGUUUGCUGCUGCUGCAUUGGGUGCCCGACAACAGGCGCGCUGUCCAGAACAUUCAAAAGCUGUUGGUGCCUGGAGGAGAGGCUGUCUUCAGCAUAAUAGCUAACAUGGUGUUUUACACAGCGUUUGAAGAAAUGGCGAAAGACUCACGUUGGGCGCGGUACAUGCAGGACGUGGAGGAGUUCGUUUCUCCGUACCAGCACAGUGAGGACCAAGUGAGCGACUUCCGCCAGCUGCUGCAGAGCGAGGGCUACCAGGUGCUGCGCUGUGACGUCGCGCCGCAGGUGCUCUUCUUCCCGAGUGAGAUGCAGCGCAGAGAUUUUCUGAAGUCAGUAUGUCCAUUCCUGGACCGAGUUCCGGAAGACCAGAAGGAUAAUUUCUUAGAUGAUUGGCUACAGCGUAUGGAGAAUCUGAAUGGAUUAUCAAAGGACGUUGGAAGCAGUGAAGAGCCGAAAUACUACAUCCACUUUAACAUAAUGGUGGCUAUGGCCAGAAAAUUGUAA